GAGGGUCCACUGUUACAACGUGGACCCCUUGAAUGCAAUUCCAAAGAUGUAAGAACAAGGAAACGAACUGUCUUCUUCCUUCCACAACCCUCUUCUCUCAAGUCUCAUCCCCACCAUCCAUUCAUGGCCCAUCAAUAUUAACUGUUGACUCCAUCUGAAGAGAUAUACUUCCAUUUGGGUAGGUUUGUUUGGCGAUUAGAAACUGGUCUUUUCCCAGUUUUGCCUUGAAACAUGCCGUUUCUUGGGAAAUUCUGAUCUGGGUCUUUGUUCAUUUUCUUCUUCUUCUUCUUCUUCUUCUUCUUUCCAUUUUUUGUUUUCAUUCUCCCUCUCUCUGCCUCCCUAUUUUUUUUCUUUUAGGUCUUUGUAGGUUCUUCUUCUAUUGUCUUGUUAUAGCUAGAGGAAUUUGGGGGUGUUGUUCUGGUAAUCUUUGUUAUCACAUCUUGUUUUGGUGUUGGAAUUGAAGCUGUUGGUUGGUGUUUGGAGUUAGUUCAAGAAACGGGAAGUUAAAGAUGUUCGGUUCAGGCAUGAAUUUGAUCACGACUAUCAUUGGUUUUGGAAUGAGUGCCACUUUUAUUGUGUUUGUCUGUACAAGAAUAAUCUGUGGGAGAAUUCGAGGGGCCCAGGCGAGACAAAUGUUUCAGACCGAGUCCAGGAUUGAUCUCGAACAGCCAGAGCAACAGAUUGGAGGCCUUGAACCAGUGGUGGUUGCUGCAAUACCCACCUUGAGGUUCAACCGCGAGGCGUUCAGUUCUAUAGAAGAUGCACAAUGCUCGAUAUGUCUGGGUGACUACCAAGAGAAAGAAAUACUGCGAAUCAUGCCGAAAUGCGGCCACAACUUUCACCUUUCUUGCAUCGACGUAUGGCUAAGAAAACAGUCCACAUGUCCAGUCUGCCGUUUACCAUUGCAGGAGUCUUCUGAAGCAAAAAGUGCAAGACCAGCAACAUUGACGAUGACUCAGUCUAUGGAGAGUCCGGAGACUUCGACAUACCAUUCUGGACAGUGGCUUCUACCAGGCCCUGACCGCUCCGUAGGAAAUCAAAUCAACCAACCGCAUCUAGAUUCUGCUACUAGAACUCCAGAAAUGAAUACAGGACAAGCAGAAACGUGAAAUUGAUGUAGGCAAAGAGAAUGGUCUGGUCAAAAAGGGGCAAAGACAUGCAUUAGCUUCUCAGCAAGCAACGAAGUGGGCCAUCCAAGUACAGAAUGGCCUGGGAUUCUUGUACACUUGGUCUGUGCAUAAACUCCCAUUCCUUCCCUUGAGUGUGGGGUUUGCAUUGAUUGAGGCAAUUCUCAGUUCUUUGUAAAAAGCAUGGUCAGUAUCUCAGGUACUGAAAACAGGACAGUUCAUUUCCUGAAAAAUUUUACAAAGUUUCCUAAAGGACAAUCUCUGUUUCAUUCUUGACUAUUAACUGUGCUCUGAAACAAACAUAAUUUUAAGAUUUUA